AUGACCGUGAUCCCGAAAUUGGGCGGUACGUGCCCCGGCCAGAGCAGCUUCUACGUCUGCACCAACAAACCGACUCGCUUCGUCGGCUGCUGCGCCAUCGAUCCCUGCAACACUGCCAACGGCUACUGCCCCGAGCAGAAGCCUUUCAAGCUGAGCGACGACACGAGCAUGGCACAGUCUCGCCUGCAAACACGCGCGGACGAGGGCGGCCUGAGCAACGUCGCAGUCGCGGGCAUCGCCGUGGCGGCGACCCUCGUCGGCGGAGGGCUCAUCUGCGCCGUCGUCUGGUGGUUCUGGAGGAAACGAUACCAGAAGGGCAUCAGGUCCGGCGCCCUGCCCUCCACGUCCUACGAGCCGUUUGCGGGAGCCUUCCGUGCUGCCCAGUCGUCCAAGGAUGCCAGCAGCGUGAACCACAACUCCCUCUCCGUCGAGUCCUACCACACCACCAACACGAAAUCCCACACGCCGUCCCAGCUGGACCGCACGUACAAGUACGACUCGCUGCAGCACCAGCACCUCUCGUCGCUGCCGCAGCCGUCGCCGUCGCAAUGGAGCGAGCUCUCCUAUGGAGCGCCGGGAGGAGGAAACCCCCUUGCCUAUUCUACGGCCGACCUCUCCGGGAGCGAGUACUACGGGGCCAUGCCAGCCAUCGAGAUCUCCGAGGAGGAGGAGAAGGCCAGGGCUGAACUGGCGGCUGGGGGCCGUCGCGGGCAUUCCCACUCUGCCAGCGGCGCGUCGCUACACGACGCCGGAAUCUCUGGUUUCACGAGGACCUACUCGGCUGAUAUGAGCAGGGCACAGCAGCCAGCCGUCGGGGAGAUGGUAGGCUGA